ACAAACAUUUUCAAACAACAUUUGGAUAAAACGACAAUGCACAUGGGAUUCAGCGGUGGAUUGAAGUUAGUGAAAAACAUGGGAGGAUGUCCACCAUACCUUGCCCAUUAUAUAUUCUGUGUAGGGUGAAGGAGCAAAUGGGCUUUAGCUUGUAUCAAUUAUAUAAGCAUCAUGUUUAAUUCAGCUGCGGUAUUUGAUACAUCUGAGGGCACUUCGAAAAGGUUUUCAGUUCCUGUUGUUCAGGAAUUGGCAUCUCAGCACCUUCAUAGCCUUCCUGAAAGGUAUAUCAGGUCAGAAAAAGAGCGCCCAAAUGACUUUCCUCUUCAACAGACAGACAUCCCCAUAAUUGAUAUGGACAUGUUUUUGAGCGAUUCGGAGUUCUGCAGGCAAAAGGAAUUGGAAAAACUGGGUACUGCAUGCCAGCAAUGGGGAUUUUUUCAGGCUGUCAAUCAUGGAAUUCCUGUGUCUAUGAUGGAAAGAAUGAAGAAAAUUGUGAGGGAAUUCGUUCAAUUACCGUUGGAAGAAAAGCUCAAGUACGAAAUGCAAGAGGCUGAAGGCUAUGGCCAGCUCUUUGUAGCGUCAGAUAACCAAGUUCUAGACUGGUCAGACAUCGUGUUCUUGACAACUCUCCCUACAGAAAACAGAAAAAUGAAUUUUUGGCCAACAACGCCAGCGGAUUUCAGAGAAACUGUGGAUCGAUACGCCCUUGAAAUUCAAAAGCUUUGCAAGACAAUUUUUUGCCUUUUAUCAGAGAAAAUUGGGCUAAAACGAGACACUUUCAUUAACAUGUGUGGGGAAAUGGAACAGGCAAUACGAAUGAAUUACUACCCAGCCUGCCCAAGACCAGAUCUUGUUUUAGGCAUAAGCCCUCAUGCAGAUGGAAGUGCUUUGACAGCGUUGCUUCAGGAUGAUGAAACAGUGGGGCUGCAGAUCCGUAAGGAUGGCCAAUGGUUUUCUAUUCAACCCAUCCCGGGUGCGCUGGUUAUCAAUGUUGGGGACGUGCUUGAGGUACUAAGCAAUGGAAUAUAUAAGAGCAUUGAGCACAGAGCGGUCACAAACAUCGACAGAGAUCGAGUCUCAAUUGCUAUGUUUUAUACUCCAAGGAAGGAAGCAGAAUUGGGUCCUGCUCCAGAGCUCAUAGAUGAGUUGAAUCCCUGUCAAUACAGAACAUUCAUUCAUGAAGAUUAUAUGCGGCAUUUCUUUCGUAGCAAACUUGAGGGGAAGGCGUGUCUGGAAUUUGUUAGAAUCAAGUGACCUAAGAUUUUUCAAUAUGUCUAGUCAACAACCUACAGUCUUUUCGAUUAUCUUCUUCGGUCCCAAAGAUUGCUCGGGCUUUUAAUUUGAGGAGAGCGAUCAGUAAUGUAAUGCAUUGCACGAAUUAGUAGAAUAGGAAUGAUAUAUGAAUGAAACACUUGCAUUUAUAUGUUAUGCUUAACAAAGAAAGCUAAGGUCUUCUAUAUUUAACGAACGAAGUUGGAAUUAUCUUGUAUAAUUUUUGUGAAAUGGACUAUUCUCAUGUUUUUAGCUA